AGUAUCGUGGCAAACCAGCUUACUCAGUGUGGCGCCACCUAGUGACGAACUGUGGUUAUAAAUUUUGAUUUGCUUACAACCCCAUAUGUAAAUCGGUAUUUUACUUUGUUGUGAAAUUACACAUGUUUCCACGUUUAAUGAAAUUUAUUUAAUCAUAUUAGUGGAGUUAAGAAAUACAGAUACAUUUCCAGCACAGGAUGGCUCUGCGAGGAACAAAAGCCACCACGCCUACGACUACACACGCAGUGGUCGAGGUUUUGGAGAAUUAUAUACAAAAUCAAAAUCUUUUGGGUGAAAUUGCUGAGCUCGAUGACAUGCUAUGUGAGCUCGUGGACAUGCACAAGGACAAUGUAGUGGCCUUAAAACGGGUUCUGCAAUGCAUCUAUAACUUACUCCAGAGCAAUAGCCGGUUUAAUGUGAAAUUUGGACAAAAACUUUUCCACAAACUCAUUUCAGUGAUAAUUGCUGAUAGCAGAGAAGACUCGGCGGCGCAGAGGCUACUGGUGGCCAAUGUUUUGGUUUGUGUACACUUGCACACCAAAAAGUUUCGGCACAUGGAUAAUAAAUUUCUGCUCUAUCAACUCUUUAAUCUGAGCAGUGAAGAGCAACCUCAUGCCAUACAAAUUCUUGUUCAUCUCAUCGAUGAUUUUGUGAGGGAGUUCGGUAUGGAAUGCUAUGCGCAACUGGUCACUAUUAUUCAGAACCUGUUGCAAUCGCCAGAGAUCGAACGGCGAAAGUCAGCAUACUUCCUUAUGGCCAAAUUACUGGUUAUUACAGAGAGAGAGAAGAGAGUAGGUCUACCUCAACAUUUUUUGAAGAUUUUACAAUGUAGUGAAAUACAGUGGUCGUCCUAUGUGACCUUAAUGGAAAAUCUUGAGGAGCAGCAAUCACAUUUGGUUAUACCUUCACUAACGUGUCUUCUGCCUCGUUUGCACAUUCCUGGGGGACACUCACAUGAAAAUUGGCAUUCUUGGCUACGUAUUCUCUAUGCAAGACUCUUGCAGGAUAACAAUAUAUUGGUAUUGCGAUGGACCCUUAAUUAUUUUUUCACCCGUUUUGAUUUGCGUCAACUGACUGGCCUAAAUUUGCUGAAUGAAUUUCUAAAGGCUACCAAUAGGACGCAACUCUUUAAUUUUGAAGGAGAUGAUUCGCUGCUUAAAUUUAAAAUGGGUGCAUUCCUCACAGAUAAUAAUUUGGGUUUGCUGCUCGAGCACAUUGCAAAAGUGUCCUGGCACUGUGUUCCACUGCACUUCUGGUUGUGCCAAAUAAACCCAGAUAAAGUUUCCAAGGUUCCAAAACGUGUUCUUAUCGAAUUAAGUUCACGUGUUCGAACAUUACAAAAUCCAAGUUUACGAAAGAUGGCUAUACAGCGUGUGCACAAGUUGUUUAAGAACACCAUAGACGAACUUUCGCUGGGCGAUUAUAUGAUGUUCAUUGAUGCACUUUACAAUAGCUGUGAUGAUUUUUACGGAUAUGAUCAUUUGAUUGAUAAAAUUAAAAAGUGUGACAAUAUAGCAAAUGUUAUUGCUCGAUUUAACCAACGAACUUAUGAAAUUGUUUGCUGCUUUCCAAGCGAUUUUAAGCAAUUUUGCAUCGAGGAGUUUCUUAAGAAAUUGAAAAAUCUACCUAAUUCUCAGCAUGGAUGGUGGCGAUUGUUUCCUCUUUUCCGUUUAAGUGAGAAUAUUCAAGUUAGGGAAUUCUACUUUAAUAAGUACAAUUUGGAUGUAUCCUCGCUAGCUGAGUUUAGUGAUCUAAAAGAAUUACAAUCAUAUAUCCUUGACAAGCUGCAUUGUGAAUCAAAAGAAGAGAAAUCUUUUGUAUUGGAGUCCUGUGUAGAUUACUUUGUUGAACGUGUCGAAGAAUGGGAAAUGCUUGCCAAUCCCAUAGAUCUAUUAGAUAAAGGAACAGAGAGAACAGUAAAACAUUUGGCGAAACUUUUGUGUAGUAACGAAAAACCAUUGCAGGAUGAUAAUGUGCUGCCUGGUCUCAUAGCCAAAAUAAACAACAAAACAAGUUGCGAUGGAAUUUUAGAUUUCAUAUUACCAUAUGCCUACAAAUUUAUGAACCAUAAAGAAUAUCAUGGUCUCGUUUCUGAUCUAAUCGCCAAUCGUAAAAGAAUUGCAUCAUUCGACUGUUUUACUAUUGCACUAAUUAUUAAACAAUUAUUGCACGGUGAAACUAGCACGGGCGAUGCGCGAAUCGAAGCUGCAUAUAUUAAUGCAAUAAAUGAUGAAAUCUUUCCUGAUGAGCUUUCGCGUCAAAUGUGUAUUCCACAUAUCCAAUUAUGUCUAAGUAAUGAAGAUUUAUGUUGCCUCUGCAACAAAUUACUAAACAUAAACAACGAAAUGUCACAAAAGAAAUUGCGGUAUUUUGAAAAUUCUAAGGAGCAUAGGAUAAAAAUGAGAAUUGCCAGUUCCCUUUUGCGAAUAAAUAUGGAAGGCAGAUGCUACUGGUCUAACGAUUUGUGGGUUGCCUUAUUGGAACCAAGCAAUCAACUUAACAUUUGCUAUAUGUACGAGGCUCUUGUGGCACGUACGUUGCCCAGCGACGAUCUACUUUUUGAGAAAUUGAAAGGUUUAUGUAGCUUGAAGCCAACACAACAAGUUUCGCUUAUUUCUGUAGUUUAUAUAUAUUGUGAUCUGCAUUCGAAUAUUCUCCAACAUCGCUUGGAAGAAAUCAUUGAUAUGCUCUUGCCGCAUACGAUGGGACCACAUUUUCAAACCCGAUUACUGGCGCAAUUGGUUUUAUACAGGUUGGCUUCGCAAAGAAAUGAUUUGCCUGUAGCUAAUGCUAUUAUUAGAUCCAUUAAAAUCACUCUUGGCGAUAAAUUGGAAAAUCUUGAAGAGAGAGAACCACGUCUAUAUCUGCCUCAAAUAUUGACAAAUUAUGAUGUAAAUGCACUUUUAUACAUUACAAAUACUCCGUUUGAUGAAUAUAACAAUCGUCACCUGUAUGACAAUAAUAUCAAAAUGUUACGUACUGCCUUUAAAGCAAAACGAAAACAAUCCGACACCGAGUUAUCGUCUUUAGUAACAACGACGAAUGCAAACGUUCAAAGGAAGAUGAAUCCACGCUGCGACAUAUAUCCCAAAGAUGAUUUGGCCACAGCCGAUGAGAAAGCCACCGAUUAUGAGCUUAUAGUUGUGGCCAGUCUUAUUGAUAAGUUACCAAAUCUUGGUGGAUUGGCACGCACUUGUGAGGUAUUUGGUGUGAAAACAUUAAUAAUAGCUACGAAAUCGGAUGUAGAUAAAAGCGAUUUCGCAAACAUAAGCAUGACAGCAGAGAAAACAUUAAAUAUUGAGGAGGUCAAAACUGUGGCUCUUGGCGAGUUUUUGAUUGGUAAGCAAAGUGAAGGCUAUAAAAUUGUUGGAGCUGAGCAGACAGCCCAUAGCACAAGUUUCUCGGACUUUAGAUUUCCGAAAAAGUGUGUUUUAUUGCUCGGUCAUGAGAAGCAUGGUAUACCUGUUGAUCUCAUAGGAUUCCUAGAUUAUGCCGUUGAAAUUCCACAAUUUGGUAUGGUGCGUUCACUUAAUGUCCAUGUUACAGGAUCGCUCUUUAUUUGGGAAUUUUGCAAGCAACAUAUGGUCAAAAAAUGAGCCGAUAUUGUAUUUAAAACAAUUAAAAGCAUUAAAUGCAAGCAAAAGCUUUUUUAGUCGUAAGUUCUUAAACUAAUAUUAACAUAAUUGAAGCGAAAAUAAUAAGUAUAACAAAAAUGAAUUUUUGAAUGUAUAAAAUGUACAUUACAGUUCGCUUUUGGUUUUAAAAUCUUAAA